GUUGCUAGAAAAUCCCCCAAUAACAACAGCACUCUUCCCUCCCUCCUCGGUCCCACAAAAAAAAAAGCAGAGAGACAGAUAGAGGGUGAGAGAGCCAGUGGGAUAAAAAGAAUAAUAGAUGGGGGCCGGCCCAGCAGGCUCCUCAGAAUUGACCAAGCUGUGCUCCUACCAUUUCACAUCACAAGUAGCAAGCCAAGUAGAUUGUUGGUUUGCUUCCCUUUGCAUGUUUAUAACCCCAUGUCACCACCAUUUCACUCAUUUGCAUUGCAUGGUAAACACAACACAACUAGCUAGUUUAGAUCCCCUUUGCAUCCAUCGAUGAUCAGUUGUUGCAGGACAGUGUAGUGAGGUGAGAAAGAUUGUUGUAGUAGCUGCUGUGCUGUAUGGUGGUAGCCAGUGAGUAGCUACUACACUGCACUGCAGUUUGCACCCCGGCCAUAUGUUGGCUACUACUACUGCAGGUGUCUUAGGUCUAGAUGGAUACCCUCUUCAGGUUGGUUAGCCUCCACCACCAUCACCACCACCAGCACGCGGCCUCACCGUCGCCGCCGGACCAGCCGCACAAGUCGUACCCCUCCUCGCGAGGGAGCACCAGCUCCCCCUCCUCCCACCACACCCACAACCACACCUACUACCACCACUCCCACUCCCACUACAACAAUAAUAGCAACACCAACUACUAUUACCAGGGUGGUGGAGGCGGCGGCGGAGGGUACUACUACGCGGAGGAGCAGCAGCCGGCGGCGUACCUAGAAGAAUGCGGCAACGGCCACCAGUUUUACAUGGAUGAAGACUUCUCCUCCUCGUCUUCCUCCCGCCAGUUCCACUCGGGAACGGGCGCGCCGUCGUCGGCGCCGGUGCCUCCUCCUCCGUCGGCGACGACGUCGUCCGCGGGCGGGCACGGGCUGUUUGAGGCGGCGGACUUCUCGUUCCCGCAGGUUGAUAUCAGCCUCGACUUCGGCGGCUCUCCGGCCGUUCCGUCGUCGUCCGGUGCUGGCGCCGGCGCCGGGGCAGCGCCGUCGUCGUCGGGGAGGUGGGCGGCGCAGCUGCUGAUGGAGUGCGCGCGCGCGGUGGCGGGGCGCGACAGCCAGCGCGUGCAGCAGCUCAUGUGGAUGCUCAACGAGCUGGCCUCGCCGUACGGCGACGUCGACCAGAAGCUGGCCUCCUACUUCCUGCAGGGCCUCUUCGCGCGGCUCACCACCUCCGGCCCGCGCACGCUGCGGACGCUCGCCACCGCGUCGGACCGGAACGCGUCGUUCGACUCCACGCGCCGCACGGCGCUCAAGUUCCAGGAGCUCAGCCCGUGGACGCCGUUCGGGCACGUCGCCGCCAACGGCGCCAUACUCGAGUCGUUCCUGGAGGCCGCGGCGGCGGGCGCCGCCGCCUCCUCCUCCUCGUCGUCUUCAUCGUCGACGCCGCCGACGCGGCUGCACAUCCUCGACCUGAGCAACACGUUCUGCACGCAGUGGCCGACCCUCCUGGAGGCGCUGGCCACCCGGUCCUCGGACGACACGCCGCACCUGUCCAUCACCACCGUCGUGCCCACGGCGGCGCCGUCGGCGGCCGCGCAGCGCGUGAUGCGGGAGAUCGGGCAGCGCCUCGAGAAGUUCGCGCGGCUGAUGGGCGUCCCGUUCAGCUUCCGCGCCGUGCACCACUCGGGGGACCUGGCCGACCUCGACCUCGCCGCGCUGGACCUCCGCGAGGGCGGCGCCACCGCCGCGCUCGCCGUCAACUGCGUAAACGCGCUGCGCGGGGUCGCGCGGGGGCGCGACGCGUUCGUGGCGUCGCUCCGGCGCCUGGAGCCGCGCGUGGUCACCGUCGUGGAGGAGGAGGCCGACCUGGCGGCGCCGGAGGCGGACGCGUCGUCGGAGGCCGACACCGACGCCGCGUUCGUCAAGGUGUUCGGCGAGGGCCUCCGCUUCUUCUCGGCGUACAUGGACUCGCUGGAGGAGAGCUUCCCCAAGACAAGCAACGAGAGGCUGUCACUGGAGAGGGCGGUCGGCCGUGCCAUCGUCGACCUCGUGUCAUGCCCGGCCUCCCAGUCCGCCGAGCGCCGGGAGACCGCCGCGUCGUGGGCGCGGCGCAUGCGGUCGGCGGGGUUCUCGCCGGCGGCAUUCAGCGAGGACGUCGCCGACGACGUGCGGUCGCUUCUCCGGCGGUACAAGGAGGGCUGGUCGAUGCGGGACGCCGGCGGUGCCACGGACGACGCCGCCGGCGCCGCUGCUGCCGGAGCGUUCCUUGCGUGGAAGGAGCAGCCUGUCGUGUGGGCGAGCGCGUGGAAGCCAUGAGAUCGAUCGAUCCAACAAGUCCAAAUCCGCCAUUGCUGCAAAUCAUCGAGCCUGCGAUGCAUCGUGCAUGCAAUACACAAUAUGGAUCAUGCAUAUCGCACGUGCGGGUUGAAUGGGAAGAGGAAGCAGCGCGCGCGUGUACGUACUUAGGGUUUUUCAGCCAGCAACGUACGUGUGUAGUAGGGAGAGGAGGUAGCAAAACACAUCAGAUGGAUUAAGUUAAUCAAUCACCAGUUAUUACUAGAAAAUUAAUUUGGAGGAAUUAAUUGGCAUUUAUUGUUCUUGCAUUACAUGUUUAUUAAUUAUUAGAUGCUUCCUCUGAUUAUUAACUUUGUGAAUUCAGGUGUGUUCAAUUUAAUUUUAGCUAGCUAGUAGAUAUAUCGAUCCUCAGGUGAUUUAUUUGUAGAUCUGAAUAUUCCAUGACUUGUAUAGGAGCUACUAAUAGUUUAUUUGUUUUA